AUGUCUUCGCCGCCACGGUCACUGCCUCCUGCUGCUUCUCCAGUUACCACUCCACCUCCAUUGACACCGUCAUUUCCUCCACUUCUGCCGCCAUUGUUGCCGUCACCAUUUCCACAACCGUUGAUGCCGCCAUUGCCACAAAUAGCACCAUCCUCACCCACUAGUACUCCUCCUACUCUGCCGCCUAUAAACAACUCUGACCCUCCUGUUUCCUCACCACCACCGCCUCCUCUAACAUCUCCGCCACCUCAGCUUCCACCAUUGCCAGUUCUGUUGCCACCAUCUACGGUCACUCCUCCACCAACGCCUUCAGCCACUUCUCCUCCACCACCAACACUGGUCACCUCUUCACCUCCAUCGCAUUCACCACCACCAUCAGUAGUGACCUCUUCCCCUCCACCACCCUCGCCACCACUAACUCCACUGCCAUCAACACCUUCUCUUCCGCCACUAUCACCACCUUUACCACCACCACAUGUUUCCCCUCCUAUAAUCCCAUCAACCGCUCCACCACCACCUGCAUUGUCAACUCCUACUCCACCCGCCCCCACCAGCCCCACCACUCAAACACCACCAUUAGCGAGUCCAACCAACGAUUCUCCACCACCUGCAUUGCCUCCCCCAUUGGCCAGCACUCUACAGCCAUCUCCCUCCAACAAUAACUCCAUAAUCCCACCUCCAACCACAUUGACAAUGCCGCCUCAGUCAAUGCUACAUCCACCAUUAUCCUCAUCCCUGCCAACCACCUUGCAAGUCCACAACCCAAGAGCAAACAAGAGCACAGCUUUCAUAGCCGGAUCAUGCGCCGUUGGUGGACUUGUCGCCGUCGCUCUCUUCCUUGCCAUUCUGUUUCUCUGUUACAAUCAUGUUCGUCUACCAGGAGUCCAUGUUAUCAGGGUGCUAUCCAGCUCCAACGUCCCACAAUCUCCAAUAAGCCGCAAUGCCGGCUCUGCUUCGAUCAAAUCCAGAUAUCAGUUUCCACAUCCGCCUCAAACUCAAAGGCCAGCUGGGUCGCCUUUCGAUUUCUCAAAUGGGAUUUUCACAUAUGAUCAAAUAGUGGUGGCAACCAAUGGCUUUUCUGAAGCCAACCUUCUUGGACAAGGCGGCUUCGGGUAUGUUCACAAGGGAGUGCUUCCAAGUGGAAAAGAAGUUGCAGUCAAGCAGUUGAAGACAGGAAGCCGGCAAGGGGAGCGAGAAUUUCAGUCCGAGGUUGACAUCAUUAGCCGCGUUCAUCACAAGCAUCUGGUUUCUUUGGUUGGAUACUGCACAACCGGGGUUGAUAGGUUGCUUGUUUAUGAGUUUGUUCCAAACAACACCUUGGAAUUCCACUUACACGGAGAAGGGCAGCCUGUUCUGGAGUGGGAAAUCAGACUCAGAAUUGCUACUGGAUCAGCAAAAGGACUCGCAUAUCUCCAUGAAGAUUGCAAUCCAAAAAUCAUUCAUCGCGACAUCAAAGCGUCUAAUAUUCUUCUGGAUCAUAACUUUGAAGCCAAGGUUUCUGACUUUGGACUGGCCAAAUCCUUCUCUGAUACCAACACUCACAUGACUCACUUUUCGACACGAGUAGUGGGAACGUUUGGGUACCUGGCUCCAGAAUACGCAUCGAGCGGUAAGGUAACUGACAAAUCAGACGUGUAUUCAUACGGGGUUGUACUUCUAGAACUGAUCACUGGACGCCGUCCUAUCAGUACUUCAGAAUCCGUAAGGAACAAGGGCCUAGUGCAGUGGGCCAGGCCAUUGCUCACUCAAGCGCUGGAAGAUGGUGAUUUCGAUGCACUCACUGAUCCAAGAUUGGAGAAAAACUACAAGAAGAAUGAGAUGGCUCGAAUGGUUGCUUGCGCCGCUGCUUGCGUACGGCAUUCAGCAUGGCUUCGACCGCGAAUGAGUCAAGUAGUCCACGCUUUAGAAGGAGUCGCUUCCUUGACGGAGCUUCGUGAAGGAAUCACACCAGGAAACAGCACAUUACACAAUGGCUUCGAGAAUGCAUACCUCGAUAUCAGUAGGUACAGUGAAACUACCAGUGGAUACGGUCUUAACCUUUCCGGCUCCAGCAGCGAGGGCCAACGAAUGGUGUGGAGUUAAGAACUGAAAAGAAAAUUAUGUACAUUCAAUUUUUUCAAUUGCCUGCUGAAAAAAAAAAAAAAUCACUGAUUACGCUAA